AUGCUUACCCAAUUGCCUGUGUGCUGUGGCUAUUGCAGACCGCAGGAAGACAGCAGCAAAGUGGUGAAAUGGCAGGGCAAUGCCAUCGCGGGAGUGGACUGCGGUCAGGAUGGCCACGUGGUGUUUUAUCCUACAGGCCACGUGCUGCAGCAGGCGUGUGCAUGGCACAGCAAAGGAGAGUCAGAGGAAGACCCGGCGUGCUCAAGCACCGUGAUUGAGACGGGUGCUAGAAUUCGACAGUUUGUGGUGAUGGGCAGCAAGGACGCGUACCGCUCGACUAGUGCCUCCCAGAUAUAUGCUGCCGCGCGUGGUAGCACGAACUGCACUAUUGUUGCUGCCCCAUCUCGUGUUACUCCGCAAAAUGUGCGCAAGAUGCAGGCCAAGACGAAGAUUUCUUUUCCCGAAAUGAUCAACCAUAUCGCAGGGAGCCCGCAUGCAGAAGCGGAGUUGGCCUUUGUCACGGAUGGUGUCGUUCGUUGCUGGGAUCCAGAGAGUGGAAUUCGAACGGUGAACAAACAUUGUAUGAAUUUGGCGGAUCGAGUUCAGCGCUGCGAAUACUCAAGCCACCCGCGCGUUAUUUGGACAGCGAAUCGUGUGAAGGUUUCUACACUGGACCUUCGGGAGCCACCGCAGCACCCCAGCACAUUAUUUGAUUUGACUGGUGCGGGUGCCUAUGUUACCAUUUACGACGUGAAGCGCCGCGCAAGAAAUCCUUUCCAAUUUGUAGUUGGUACUGGCGUCUCAGUUGAGCUCGUGGAUAGCAGGAUGGCAAAGCAGCCUCUGAUUUCGUGGGCCCAACCGGAGAGUUACUCCCCCGAAUCCGAGACCAAAUGUUCAAUUGGAGCAAUCGAUGAAGUGGAUCUAUCAGCAAGCGCCAAUGGCGAACGAGGUUAUAUCGUGUCUAGCUCGAAGCGACCAAAGGUUACUACACUGUUCCCGUUCGAGCGAAACCGGAAGCGAAAGCGUGGCAAGGUCAUGUCACUAGUUUCACUCCGCUCUAACGGAGAUGACGACUAUUCUAUGACCCCUCGCAUCUCCACCGAACAGCUCAUCGCUUCGGACGCACCGUUGGACCUGCACAUGGAGGACGGUGGUGAAUUUACACAUUUAACGGGCUUUUGCGCACUGCGUGACGAAGAUUCGGCGUCCGCAAGCAUUUACCAAUUCAGUUCCGCGGGAGACCUAUAUUCUCAUAGGGUUUCAUUCGGCCGAUCACAGACAUACCACGCCGCUGUUCAACCGGAGUACGUUGUAUCGGACUACCGAGUGCUGAUAUCUGCUUGUCUAACUCAUUUCUUGUAG